CAGCUUGUGUCAGUCUUUGUGGUGAUGUCAUUGCCAUGAGCGAGCCGGGCCGUUCGUUACUCUGCUGUGCUGCCUCAGACGCCAGGGCUGCGUGCGGGCUCCGGGAGCCCCAGCCUCCAGCCGUCCCCAGAGCAAGGCAGCCCCCGGGCCUGGCCACGGCAAUAUCCUUCUGGAGGCUCUUCCCUUCACUCACAACUCUGAGGUUGCCUAACUCUCUAUUAAAAAUUCAGAAGGGGGAAUGCCAGCCCCUAGCAUGGACUGUGAUGUUUCCACUCUGGUUGCCUGUGUGGUGGAUGUCGAGGUCUUUACCAAUCAGGAGGUUAAGGAAAAAUUCGAGGGACUAUUCCGGACAUAUGAUGACUGUGUGACGUUCCAGCUAUUUAAGAGUUUCAGACGUGUCCGAAUAAACUUCAGCAAUCCUAAAUCUGCAGCCCGAGCCCGGAUAGAGCUUCAUGAGACUCAGUUCAGAGGGAAAAAAUUAAAACUCUACUUUGCACAGGUGCAGACUCCAGAGACUGAUGGAGACAAACUGCAUCUGGCUCCGCCACAGCCUGCCAAGCAGUUUCUCAUCUCACCCCCGUCCUCUCCGCCUGUGGGCUGGCAGCCCAUCAGCGAUGCCACGCCAGUCCUCAACUAUGACCUCCUCUAUGCCGUGGCCAAACUAGGACCAGGAGAGAAGUAUGAGCUCCAUGCAGGGACAGAGUCCACCCCAAGUGUCGUCGUGCACGUGUGUGACAGUGACAUAGAGGAAGAAGAAGACCCAAAGACUUCCCCAAAGCCAAAAAUCAUCCAAACCCGGCGUCCCGGCCUGCCACCCUCCGUGUCCAACUGAGCUUCCUGCUCUGCCUCGACAAUAAUAGCCAUCUCCUCUUUAUCAUGCUUUUUUUUUUCCCGUUGUUUGUCGAAAAAAAAAAUUGCCUUUAAAUCCCUGGGUGUUUGGUUGUUUGAGAUUCCUUCCUUGUAAUCAAGCCUCUCGGACAAAAGGGCUAGGAAAAGGUGAUAUGUCUCCUGAUCAUAUCAUACCCAUUAAGUAUAAUCCAUAAUUUAGAAGGUUCUAGGAAAAAGUAGUCUUUUCUUAUUAAACAACACUACAGCCUGUAUCUUUGUUCUCUCAUGUUGAUCCAAGCCAGAGACAUCAGUAACAAAUAGCACCUGUGUUGUUUGUGAGCUGUUUCAAUCCCAGUCCUGAUGUGUGUGCGCUGUUUUUUCCUGGCCACUUAAAUAGGACCAUAUGUAAACUUGACUUUGACUGCAUGAGAUAUCCCCGUCUGGUCUCACUCAGUCCUUGCAUCCCGACAUUCCCAGGACAUGCAUGAUCACCAGCAUUUAUUUUCAUGAUUUGAGGAUAUCCUGUAACUCACAGAUUGUCAGCAUCCAGCCAUGUCCUCUCUAGAUUAGGAAAAUUGUCAGCAUCAUCCAGCUCAACAAAUCUGGGUAUAUUCACUAUUUUGAGUCAAUAACUUCAUAGCUCUGUUAAAAUUUCUGGAGGCAAAACUGAGACUGGCCCCAAAGGUAUUCCUCAAUAGAUUUUGAACACCACAUCCAUGUAGAACUUUCCCAGCCUCACUGGGGAGGCUUGUCCAGAGUGAUAGAGACCGAUUUCAGACAAACCUAUUUAUUACAAAAGUUUCAUGGUGUCUGAAUGAUUGUUUUUCUCUCUUUGUAUAUUUGUACAAAUGUUUCAGCUGUGCUUUUAAAAUCUGGAUGUUUUUUAUUUAGUGAUUGUUCAACCAUUAGCUGCUUAAAAACAUACUAUGUGCAUUGCUUAUGAAUGCAUUCAUAUACUAAUGCAGAUAAUCUGAUAAUAUUACACUGUAUUAUGGAUAAUGCUGAAUUUUGAAAGGGCACGAAACAUCUCAUGCCAAUACAUCAAUGACUAGCGGACAUCUUUGCUACCCAGACCACUUGUUUUUAAAUAAAGAUGCAAGUGUCAGUUGUAGACAAUUGGGAUGAAGCGAAAUCUGCAGAACGUAGCAGCAGCUGAGCAUAUAAAGAUGGGGAAGGAUAGUAGACACACGUAUGACAGUCCUACUCAUGCCGUGCCCAUAUGCUCAAAGGCGUUGUUUUCAUUACAUGUGAUUUUUCUAUUUCUCUAGCCCAAAGUGCAUUACAGAAGAUACACCUAUAGAACCAUUACCUUCUGCUGUAUGUGCCAGGUCUCAUCUACUCCUGUACAUUAAUGAAUUACUUUAGCUGCAAAUACACAUUACGAAGGAGUGGGGAAGUACUUUCUUUACCCAAGCCUCAGAAAAACACACGAGAACAAUAACACAGCCAACCGACGGAAGGACCGUUGUGGUUUUUGACUAAGGUGUAUGUUAGUUUCAUCAGAAACUUCAAACAUAGACUGAUCACUCAGAAAUUAAAGUCCGUUCUACUGUGAAUAUAGCAAUAUAGUACUGGACACAGUACAGGUGAAACUGAGGAGAGCAUUGCUUGUCAAAUCCUGAGUUUCCGUAAGAAAAAAUGAAGACUCCUUUCAAAAAUAAAAUCUGAGGAGUGUAUAAUAAGCAAAUGCUUUGACUUUCCUUUGCCGUGGAGGUUUUUGAUUUUUUUCUUGCCAAGUGAGACUACAGACCUAGCGGUUGAAAAAUGCUCCCCUCUAGUGGAAGAAAUGUCACACUCGCUGUUCAGAUGCACAGAGCCUGCCGCGGUCAGCACUUGGGGCUGAGUCUCCUCUCGGCCAUCUGCGGGUCAUUUGACUUUUUAAGCUACCCUGAAUUUUCAGAAUGCAGGCUCUGAGGAGAUCUAGAUAAGAGAAAAUGUUUGGAAAUGAUCUGUAAAUGUCUCAAACGCAUCAGACUAUUGGUCAAAGUUGAAAAGACCAUUCUGUGUAGUCAUAAAAGAAAAACAGUGAAGUGUACAACCUACGCGGUUAGUCUUAGUAAUUUAUUGCCACGUAUCAAUGGUCACCUGUCUCAGAUCAAGUAAUUCUUUCACCAGGUUUGAUGUGGGGAGGGAGGGACAGGGGCUGUUCCCAGGACAGCGGUGGGCAACGGAAAGACUCCUGGAAGUGUUUUGCCGGAACCUCCUAGCACUGUGAAAGUCAGAACCGCCUCAGCAUGUCCGUGACGCACAUUAUGCAAACUUCUUGAGCACUAUUUUAAGUUUGAAAAGUUUAAAAAUGAAGGGGAAGGGGAAGAUUUCCACCAACUGAAUCAUUUGUGCACGUGUAUAGCUCAAAGAGCUUAGACUUCAAAUAUAUCUGGUGAAUGAC